UUUAGUUAACAUCACGUGACUGGUUAUGUGUAGAUAACAUUGAAUAGAUUUCUUACUGGAGAAUACAAAUUUGAUUUUCAUACUGCUAUGAAAAUUAUUUAUAUAAAAUAUUGUACUUAUCAGAUCCAGAACAGUUUUUCUUACAUUAAUAUCGUAUACAUAUAUACUUUUAGUACUUACGUGACAGUGAAGAAGUGUCAAUGUAUGAAAAUGAAGUUUUAAUUGAAAUAUGUCAAAACAGUUAACAAAAUGACAGCUAACUAUUAUUUCGCAAUCGUCGGACAUGCUGAUAAUCCUUUAUUUGAAAUUGAAUUCAACAAUUCUGGGAAAGACUCGAAGAAAGAAGAUUAUACACAUUUAAACCAAUUCAUUGCACAUGCUGCUCUAGAUCUUGUAGAUGAACAUACUUGGAAAACAACAAAUAUGCAUUUAAAAGUCGUAGAUAAGUUUAAUCAAUGGUUUGUGAGUGCAUUUGUUACUGCAACUCAUAUCCGAUUUGUUAUGGUACAUGAUAGUAAAAAUGAAGAUGGUAUAAAAAAUUUCUUUAAUGAAAUGUAUGAAAUGUACAUAAAGUACUCUAUGAAUCCAUUUUAUAAAUUAAAUACACCUAUUAAAUCUAUUGGCUUUGAGAAAAAGGCACAAUUAUAUGGCAGAAAAUAUUUAUCUUCAUAAAUUGUUUAAUACUUCAAAGCUGUUCAUUAUAUAGAAAGAAAGUGGAAAACACAAUGCAGUUAAUAAAAUGCAAAUAAUUUUGAA